UCCGGCAUGGAGGACGCGCCGCACCUGGUGAAGCGGUUUCCCCGCCGCUCCGUGUGGCUGCGGGCCCGGAAGGUCCGGCCCCAGCUAGUUCUCAGCCGCCGGCCCCGCCGCCGGGUCGGGACCCUGCGAUGGUGCAGCCGGCGGCAGCUGCGGCGCCUGCGGCGGCGGCUGCUGCUGCAGGCCCAGGUGGCAGGCGUGGACUGGAGGGAGGCCGGCUGCCCAAUGCCCCGCGCCGUGGCGGCGGCGGCGGCCCGGCGGCCCAAGACCGCCGCCCCCUGCCCAGCCUCGGCCGCGACCCCCCGCCCAGCUCCACCUGCGACCCCCGACCCAGUCCCGGCCUCGGAGUUCCCCUCGUCUCGCACCAUCCCGCCGCCGGUGCUGGCGGGCCCGGGCCGCGCAGUGGUGCUGCUGCCGUUCCAGCAGUCUCUAGUUUUUGGCGGGCUCUGUCGUGUGACUUGCCUGUAUGGCCAGGUGCAGGUGUUUGGUUUCACCCUCAGCCCUGGCCAGCCUGCCUGUGAAGUCUUCUCUGCCUAUACCCAUUGUCUCCUGGGUAUCAACUCAGUUCAUUACUCGAUGCCUGAGAAAAGCAAGAAGGAGGUGAAAAGGGAAGCCCGAACUUUGCUCAAAGCUCAUCUUAACCGGGGUGAAAGAUGUCAGUUGAUGAAGUAUUUUUCUCCUCUGUGUUCCAUUGUGUUGCUAGAACGUCUGAAAACCUCAACUACAAACUUCAUACUCAGUCAUCCAGGUUUAUCUCCCAUUUUCUUACAAGAGAAUCCAGUCCCCAAAAUUACUGCUGACUAUUUAACCUUGAGGUCUGUCGGCAUUCAGAGAAGCAGAAGGAAAAAUGGCCUUCGUUUGACUGAGAGUGUCAUUUCCGCAGUGGAAGAGUUAGUCAGUGUUUCUUGUGAAGAAGUAGAUGGCUGCCCUGUCAUUCUGGUGUGUGGGGCUCAGGACAUUGGGAAGUCAACCUUUAAUAGAUAUCUGAUCAACCAGUUGUUAAAUAGUGUUUCCUGUGUUGACUAUAUGGAAUGUGACCUGGGGCAGACAGAAUUUACUCCUCCUGGUUGCAUUUCUCUACUUAAUGUUACAGAACCAAUUCUGGGACCACCUUUCACCCACCAGAGAACACCACAGAAAAUGGUGUAUUAUGGGAAACCUGCUUGUAAAGAAAACUAUGAAAAUUAUAUUGAUACAAUAAAAUAUGUGUUCAGUUCUUAUAAGAGAGAAUCUCCUCUGAUCAUCAACACGAUGGGAUGGGUGACAGACAACGGGCUUUUGCUCCUCAUUGAUCUCAUCAGAUUGCUGUCUCCCAGCCAUGUUGUUCAGUUCAGCUCUGCCCGAAGCAGGUACAUGCCAAACCUCACCCCCGACUACGUGGAUGACGCUGACGGCUUGUACACGAAAAGCAAGCGCAAGGUCAGAAAUAGAGGCUUCCAGCUUCCAGAAGCAGAAAGCUUGGAAUUCACUGACGAAGAAAAAGAGAGUCCAGUUGUGUUUACUGGAUACAAGCUAUUGUGUGUUGAAUCAGAAUUUGCAUUUAGAAAAACUCCACGAAACAGAGAGUUACAUAACAAAGUUCUUCGUGACCUGGCAGUGUUGGGUUACCUUGGCCAACUGCAGCCCCCAAAUCCAAAAUCAGUGUAUCCUUUACAUGGCCUGACACCAUAUCAGGUCCCUUUCAAUGCUGUCGCGCUCCGAGUCAGCCACGCAGAUGUUGCCCCCACCCAUAUCAUGUACGCUGUGAACGCCAGCUGGGUGGGGCUGUGCAAGAUCUCAGACGACGUCAGAGGAUAUGCACACGGUCCCAUCUUACUCGCCCAGACUCCCAUGUGCGAUUGUUUGGGUUUCGGAAUUUGUAGAGGGAUUGACAUGGAGAAGAGGCUUUACCACAUCCUCACCCCCGUGCCUCCAGAAGUGUUGAGAGAUGUGAAUUGCCUGCUGGUCGGGGCCAUUUCCAUUCCACACUGUGUCUUCAAGGGUCAGAAAGGGGUUGAAGGGACAAUACCUUACAUCACAACAGAUUAUAAUUAUUCGCUUCCUGGAGCAAGAGAAAAAAUUGGAGCAAGAGAGCCUGAGCAAGUGUAUGAAGAGAAAAGACAUCCGAAAUCUAAAUUCUAUCGAAAAAUAAACUGAUACUGAUGUUUUUAACAAGGGACAAAAUUCAUUUGCCAGAAAGCUUGAUUUAUUUUUCCCAAACCUAACAUCAACCAGCUUGAUGGUUUUUAUGGAAAUGAAUGUUGCACUUAUCCAGCAAACAGUAUUUUCUGUAUAACUCAUGAAUAUGUUUAAUGUACAUAUUUUAAAGUCUCUCUCAUCUUCAGGCUACAUGAUCUAGAAUUUCGCUGUAGUCUUCCAUGUUGUUAACCGUACUUGCUGUCUGUUUUAUUUUCUGAAAGGAUAAAGCAGCAGGAAAAAUUCUAUACACCAUUAAAACAGGAAUACAGUUGAUUCCUCAAAAAGUUCUUCAAGGAUCUUGUACUUGAAAUCAGGAAAAAAAUAGGGAAAUUGACACUGCAAAAAUGUACCAGGGAGGAAGGAAGGCUGAAGCAAGAGCUCAAGGAUAAUGGGGCCAGAGCCUUGCGGUGGUCCCUGCUGGAGGAUGUGCCGGUGGAGGGAGCGGGACCCCCCACCCCAACCUCAAGGUUCACCUCCUUGGAGUCCCAGCGGAUGGUGACAGCCCUCUGGACAUUCUCCUCUCUUGUUUGAUUCCACAUAAGUCACCUGCUCUUCACAUGGACCAAGUGGGACGGGGGAAUUGUAUUUGGUCUGUUACAUCAAUCUGGGUUUGAUAGAUGAAAGUCUGGCCUCAAGAGCCCUUAAUAUUAUUUUUUAGGAAAUCCUGUGGUUUUAUCCUGAAGAAAUUGCUCUCAAAUCUGAAAAGCCUUUCUGGGGGGUUCUUUAAAACUAGGAUUAUCCUAAACAAGUUCUCAUCAGGCCAAAGGCACAACCAUGGGGAGAGCUAGAAAUGAGAGUAUCUGGAAGGAGGACUGGCGGGCCAGCUGUAGAACAGCCCUGUCCUUGCUUCCAGGCAGCUGGUCCCCAGCUCCUGUGCAGGAACAGCGCUUCUGUGUCAGGCUUUCUCCCGGGGUACAGAAGACCCUGCUGAUGGUGCCAUUCUCCCCCACGGGAGAAAGCCAUUCUUCAUGUUUUCCUGCCGUUGGGACUUCUCUAAAGCUGGAAGUGAUUUUCAUAAACAAGAAAAAUUGGACCAGGUCCUAUCAAUUCUACAUUACAGACUGAGACAUUUAGUGAGGCAGCAUUUCAAAUUGGUUUGUGACCAUAUUGUUAGAAUUAGUAGAAAGCUUCCUAGUGUGAUAAUGUUGAAGGAUAGUUACUGGGGUGCGAGUUUUAUCAUUUCUGUUCACUUAAACUGGGGAUUACCAAUGUCUUAAGUACUCUGUGUGGCCCCUCGGCGUCCCCUAGACCCACACGAAAGCACCUGCAGGUAAGCCCGGGACCCCUUUGUCCCUCUGUGUGGAUAGUUUGGGCACCUUGGAGAUUACUGGAGGUCUGGCAUUUUAAGUUGUCUUAUUUACAUCCAGAUUUGUGCUGUGUUUUUCUAUCUUGGCCUUGCAAAGACUUAGACAAUCUGCUGCCAUUACCUGUUUGCCUCUUCCCCAAUUCCUUGUAUCUACAAUGAUAAUGUACAUGAUUAGCUUCAGGUUUCCAGAAGAGUGCAGAUGGAGGCCGUAUAAUUUGCAUUUUUAUUCAAGUCAGUUUUUAUUUUUAUUAAGUCCAGGUUUGCCUUUAGCCUAAUGUAAGGAUGAGAAUGUCCUGUCCCCCAGUCCCCAUCAGUAAAGGAAAAGCGCUUUCACUAGAGGGCGCUGUCAGCCCUCCUCAGCCACUGCGCCUCCCCGGGGGAUCCCAGGGUCCUGGUGGCUCUGGUGGCGGCUCUGGGGUGCUCCCCGUCAGACCAGCAGUGCGCCCCACACCUUGAAUCUGUCCUCUUGAUUAUCACGGUCAAAGCUUUAAGGACAUGCAGAGAAAGGACAGGAUUAGGCUUUUCAUUUCUUCAGUCUGUUGUGGUUCCAAGUAGGUGGUUAGGAGUUCUACGUUGGGUUAUUCUUUACAGAAUUAGCUUCUGCGUGUGAUUGCCAAAGCAGUGAACAUUUAUUUCAAGAAAAUUAAAGAAAUAAGUGGCCUAAUCAUCUGUUUUUGAAGUUCUUUAAUUCUUUUAGAGCUCCAUUUAUGGGAAAGGUAGAUGUGAUGAUAAAUGAGAAGGUUCUCAGUUUCUAGGUUUAUUUUAUUUUGUAAACAAAGAUAGUUUUGUUUUUCACAGCUGCCCACCCUUUCAGCCCUCUGGGAAGCUGGGAAUCGAUGUGUACUCUGUGACGCCUGCUUGGCAUUUAAACAUUUGAGACGAGACAAGGGUGUUUGAACAGGCUUCCGAGUACCUCGGACUAUACUUGCAGGGUUCCUGUUGGGAAUUGGCCCUCUGGAGAGGCUGGCGCUGGGUAACAGGCCCCUGGCUGGGCAGAGGGGCCCGCAUUUUCCACUGGGACCCUUCUACGGGCCCCUUGCCUAGCCUCAGACCCUCAGGGGGUUUUCUACCUUUUGGGCAGCAUUUAAUAAUCAGACUAGAUGAUGUGAACUGGACAAUCUGUUAAUUGUCUAAUAAAGAUUUUUUUUCUUUAAAGGUUUGUGUGGUAGUAGUGGCUAAGCAAGUAGUCUUUAAUGUUGAACUCUGAGUUCAAAUCCUGGCUCUGCCACUUGCUGGCAGUGAAACUUUGAGGGAGAUAGUUUAACCUUCUGAGUCCAUUUCCUUCAUUUAAAGAUGGGAUAGUCGUUUCUCUGAGCGUUCCCGAGUGAGGAUUAAAUGAAGUCUGUCUGUCCGUAAAGGCUUAGCACAGUCUCUAACAUGUAGAAAACUGCCAGAAACUAUUGGUGUGUUGGACUCUGGUUAGAUUGUGAGCUCGGAGAAGGCAGGGACCAAAACUCUAUUCCUCACAGUUGUGUAAAACGACCCAGAAGCUAAAUGGCGGCUCCACGGCCACCAGGCAGGUGCCCUUAAAACUGUUCUUGGGCUGAGUGUCCUGUUUUCAAAGCAGUCCGGGAAGCAGGCUCCGGGGCCUCCCCUGGGGCUUCCAUUGAUGACACAUUCCAGGGGAUUCUUAGACCCGCGUUUCUGCUUUUUAAAUCUUAUAAACAAUUUACACAUGUAGAAAAUUAUCCUUAAGUCCACCCCCACACAGAUAAUCACCAUCAGUGAUGUCUCGUCUGGUGGUGUUCCGUGCAUGUGUGUGUGGUUACAAAAUUGGUGUCCUGCUGUGUGGUUUUCUAUCCAGCUUUUUUCCUUUUAACAUGUCAACUUCUGUAUCAUUAAAUAUUGUUGAAAACAUGAAUUUAA